AUUAAUUCAUACACGUCUUCCCAUCAGAACGCUGUCGUUUUGGUGUUCACCAACCGAUUUUUUCAAAAUUAAAAAACCAAACUUUCGUCUUCUUCCCGGCUUUACUCUCUUUCUCUCUCCACCGUCGGCUCAGAUCUAGACGGAAAUGUGCCGGUGAAAUCGAAUCAUGAAAAGAUCUCACAUUUCGUCUCCUCGUUCUUAUUCACGACCAGCGAUUUCAAUCUUCGGUGUCUUCCUCUUGUUUCUUCUGGUUUUAACACUAAGCUCUCGAAAACCAUCAGAUUCAUCCUCCGGUUUAGCUCCAAAUCGAAACUUAGCCACAAAAUCGACGAUUCCGAGGUUUGCGUAUUUGGUAACGGGAACGAAAGGAGAUGGGAAACGAGUGAAGCGGCUGCUUAAAGCAAUACAUCAUCCGAGAAAUUACUAUCUGCUUCAUUUGGAUCUCGAAGCUUCAGAUGAAGAGAGAAUGGAGCUGGCGAAGUAUGUGAGAUCGGAGAAGAAGAAGUUUGAGAAUGUUAUGGUAAUGGGUUUAGCUGAUUUGGUUACGGAGAAAGGUCCAACGAUGUUAGCUAGUACGCUUCAUGGUGUUGCCAUUUUGUUGAAGAAAGCUAAGGAUUGGGAUUGGUUUAUUAAUCUUAGUGCUUCUGAUUAUCCUUUAAUGCCUCAAGAUGAUAUUUUGCAUAUAUUCUCAUACUUGCCACGCUACCUGAACUUUAUCGAGCACACAAGCAACAUCGGUUGGAAAGAGAACCAAAGAGCAAGGCCUAUCAUUAUUGAUCCUGGUUUUUACCAUUUGAAGAAAUCUGGUGUCUUUUGGGCUAAAGAACGGAGAUCUUUGCCUGCUUCAUUCAAACUUUUCAUGGGUUCAACCAGCGUUGCUUUAACAAGACCGUUCCUCGAGUUUUGCAUUUGGGGAUGGGAUAAUCUCCCAAGAACGCUAUUGAUGUACUAUACCAACUUCCUCUUGUCAUCUGAAGGCUACUUUCAGACAGUUGUGUGCAACAAUAAAGAUUAUCAGAACACAACGGUUAACCACGACCUGCAUUACACAAAAUGGGAUCCGCUUCAACAGCGCACCCUGAAUGUAACGGUUGAGAAUUUCCGCGAUAUGGUCCAAAGCGGGGCUCCAUUCGCAAGGGAGUUUCGAGAGGAUGAUCUUGUACUCGAUAAGAUUGACAUUGAGCUACUAGGUCAAACCGAUACUGGAUUGGAGUUGAAGACUCCGGAUGUUGUUAAACCAACGGUUAGUUGGAAGAGGCUUGAGAAGCUCAUGGUUAGGCUUCUUGAUCAUGAGAAUUUCAGGGCUAAGCAAUGUAAAUAAGUUUAUGUGUUGCCUAACUCUUGAUUAUUGAUUUUAUUCUUCCAAUCAUUAAUUUUCAUGAAAAGUGUAUUUGCCUUGGAAUAUCUUUGGUCUCAUUCGUCUAAAGAGUUCUAUAUGUUUUGUUCCAAACUGUCAUCUUAAAAAUUUGUUUAUCCU